AUGGCAAAGAAAACUCGCCCUUCGAUGGAUCUCGUAGCCAGUAUCCUCAUGGCCGUCGUGUUCCUCGCAUCACCGUUUAUUAUCAACGCCGCUGAUUCUCCAGCCAGCGAGGAUCCCAUUAAAUGCACACCUUGUCUCCCAGAUCCGCUACCUCCACCAUCUCCACCUCCACCUCCACCAUCUCCGCCUCCUCCUUCUUGUCCUCCCCCACUUCCCCCCUCCCCGCCACCGCCGUCUCCUCCUAAAGUGCCUGACUGCCCACCGUCGCCGAAUGAGUCGUACUCUCCGCCGCCGCCGCCGCCACCUCCGCCUAUUUACGUAUACCCGGCAUCUCCGCCAGGAGACUUGUACCCCGUUGACCUUGGAGCGGCGGCUGUUGGAGAAAGCUUCACCACUGUGAAGCUGAUUGCGUUUGGAGUUGUCGGUCUCAUGCUUCUUUGA